AUGGGCCCCAACUUACUCAUCUGGGAGUAUAGAACUCAACGCCAAUCCCUGCCAGUUUCAUCAAGCCGUGACUAUGCAUUUGCUCUCCAUCCUGGGUCGGACGGAGCCUUACACGCUUACACGCCUAUGUGGAUCUUACAGAGACACCGACACUUAGAGCAGCAGCGGUCGAAAACCUUGGUAUUCCUCAUGACGGAUACCGUUGAUUUAACACUGGCUGAGAAAGACGCGACUCCUCACCUGUGA